AUGGGCAGCCUGCGAGGGAGCGUCGUGGCCGGUCUCCUCUGGACACUGAUGCUCUGGAGUGGGGACAGCGGCUGUCAAGCCCAGAGGGCAGGUUGCAAAACCGUCCACUACGACCUGGUCUUCCUCCUGGACGCCUCCUCGAGUGUGGGCAAGGAGAACUUCGAGAAGGUCCGGCAGUGGGUGGCCAACCUGGUGGACACGUUCGAGGUGGGCCCGGAGCGCACGCGCGUGGGCGUGGUGCGCUACAGCGACCGGCCCUCCACCGCCUUCGAGCUGGGCCGCUUCGGCGCGCGGGCCGAGGUCCGGGCGGCGGCGCGGCAGCUGGCCUACCGCGGCGGCCACACGCGCACGGGCGACGCGCUGCGCUACGUCACGCGCCACAGCUUCGCGCCGCGGGCCGGCGGCCGCCCCGGGGACCGCGCCUUCAAGCAGGUGGCCAUCCUGCUGACCGACGGCCGCAGCCAGGACCUGGUGCUGCCCGCCGCCGCCGCCGCGCACCGCGCCGGCAUCCGCAUCUUCGCCGUGGGUGUGGGCGAGGCGCUGAGCGAGGAGCUGGAGGAGAUCGCCUCCGAGCCCAGGGCCGCGCACGUCUUCCACGUGUCGGACUUCGACGCCAUCGACAAGAUCCGGGGCAAGCUGCGGCGCCGCCUGUGCGAGAACGUGCUCUGCCCCAGCGUUCGUGUAGAAGGAGAUCGCUUUAAGCACACCAAUGGCGAAACCAAGGAAAUCACAGGUUUUGACCUGAUGGAUUUGUUCAGUGUGAAGGUGAUCUUGGGGGAGAGAGAGAACGGAGCACAGAGUUCCUACGUCCGGAUGGGAUCCUUCCCUGUGGUGCAGAGGACCGAGGAUGUGUUCCCGCAAGGCUUGCCCGAUGAGUACGCCUUUGUCACCACCUUCCGGCUCCGGAAGACGUCUCGGAGAGAAGACUGGUACAUCUGGCAGGUCAUCGACCAGUAUGGCAUCCCACAGGUGUCCAUCCGGCUGGAUGGUGAGAACAAGGCCGUGGAGUACAACGCUGUGGGCGCCAUGAAGGACGCCGUCAGGGUGGUCUUCCGAGGUCCCCGGGUCCACAGCCUCUUCGAUCGGGACUGGCACAAGGUGGCCCUGCGCAUCCAGGCCCAGAACGUGUCCCUGUACAUCGACUGUGCGCUGGUGCAGACGCUGCCCAUUGAGGAGAGGGAGAACAUCGACAUCCGGGGCAAGAGCGUGAUCGGCAAGCGCCUCUACGACAGCGUGCCCGUCGACUUUGACCUACAGCGGAUCGUGAUUUACUGUGACUCCCGGCACUCGGAACUGGAGACGUGCUGUGACAUCCCCUCGGGUCCAUGCCAGGUGACCGUGCUGACGGAGCCCUCACCCCCGCCCCAGCCUCCUCCCACCUCCCGCAGUGAACAGAUCGGGCUUUUGAAGACCAUCAACUGCUCCUGCCCAGCUGGAGAAAAGGGUGAAAAGGGCUUUGAUGGCCCCGUGGGACUCCCCGGCCCGAAGGGAGACGUGGGGGCCCCUGGGCCGGUUGGAGCUCCUGGGCCCAAGGGAGAGAAAGGAGAUAUGGGCAGAGGACCUUUUGUCCAAGGAGAAAAGGGUGAAAAGGGCUCGCUGGGCCUGCCGGGUGCCCCUGGGAGAGACGGCAGCAAAGGCAUGCGGGGGGAGCCGGGAGAGCCGGGAGAGCCGGGGCUGCCCGGGGAGGUGGGCCUGCGGGGACCCCAAGGACCUCCUGGACUUCCCGGACCUCCCGGCCCCGUCGGAGCUCCUGGUCUCCACGGAGAGCGAGGUGAACAGGGAGCCCCAGGAGAAAAGGGGGAGCGAGGCCUGGAUGGAUUCCCCGGGAAGCACGGGGACACUGGAGAGCAGGGAAGAGCUGGCCCUCCCGGCGUGCCGGGGCCCCAGGGAGAGAAGGGUGCCACGGGGCCCGCAGGCCCUCCCGGGGUACCAGGCUCUGUGGUGCAGAGAGAGGGCCUGAAGGGCGAGCAGGGAGCCCCGGGACCACGAGGUCACCAGGGCCUACCUGGGCCCCCAGGCGCUCCGGGUCUGAUGGGUCCAGAAGGCAAGGAUGGACCUCCUGGUUUGCCAGGUCUGCGAGGAAAGAAAGGUGAGACGGGCCCUCCUGGAAUCCCUGGAUUGCUGGGGCGGCAGGGCCCCCCAGGACCACCUGGCGUCCCAGGCCCCCCUGGACCCGGAGGCCCCCCGGGUCUGCCUGGAGAGAUCGGCUUCCCGGGAAAACCUGGGCACCCCGGGCAGGCGGGACCUCCUGGAAAGGAUGGGCUGAACGGACCCCCGGGCCUGCCAGGACCCAAGGGAGACCCAGGAGGCAGAGGGGAGGACGGUCUGCCCGGACAGCCUGGCCCGCGGGGUGAAGCUGGGGAGCAGGGCCUGGCGGGCCAACCUGGAGAGAAGGGGGAGGCCGGGCGGCCAGGCUCUCCAGGACUCCCGGGCACGAGGGGAGACAGAGGAGAACAGGGAGAGAAAGGGGAACUGGGACUCCCAGGACUGAAAGGUGACCAGGGUGAAAAGGGUGAAGUGGGACCAGCCGGCCCCCCCGGAUUACCUGGCACUACGUCCCUGUUCACACCACACCCAAGGAUGCCUGGAGAACCAGGGCCCAAAGGAGAGAAGGGCGAUCCCGGCGCGCCCGGGGAGCCGGGGUCACAGGGUCACCCUGGAGAAUUGGGGCCCCGCGGGCCCAUUGGACCACCGGGUGCCGAGGGACAAGAAGGCCCGCAGGGGACGCCUGGAGCAGCUGGGAACCCUGGCGCUCCUGGACCUGUAGGUCCUCCUGGUCCCAGCGGCCCCCUAGGAAGUGCGGGCCCCCCGGGCAGCAGAGGCCCCCCUGGGAAAGAUGGGGAGCGUGGUGAGAAGGGAGCAGUGGGAGAAGAAGGAAGCCCAGGGCCAGCUGGCCCCCGGGGUGAUCCUGGUGCCCCCGGGCUCCCUGGGCCGCCCGGAAGAGGGAACGAUGGAGAGCCGGGGCUUCGUGGACCACCUGGGUUACCUGGACCACUAGGAACUAAGGUUAGUAUGUAUCCAGCAGACUGUGGCUGGGUGAGGCGUGCCGAGGGCCUUGCUCUGGGGUCCAGACUCUUAAAGGGGGACCGCGGUGCACCUGGGAUCCCCGGCUCUCCUGGCAACCGCGGAGACCCGGGCAUCGGGGUCGCUGGCCCUCCUGGCGCCUCUGGACCACCAGGAGAAAAAGGGCCUCCGGGGUCUCGAGGCCCACCUGGAUUCCCCGGCCCCCAGGGACCAGCUGGCCAGGAUGGUGUACCAGGAAAUCCAGGAGAAAGAGGGCCUCCCGGCAAACCAGGUCACUCUCCACUUCUGUCUCCAGAGGACAUCAACCUCUUGGUCAAGGACGUGUGCAAUGACUGUCCCCCAGGCCCCCCAGGCCUCCCUGGUCUGCCAGGUUUUAAAGGGGACAAAGGUCUCCCGGGAAAGCCAGGGAGAGAAGGUACAGAAGGGAAAAAGGGAGAUGCUGGCCCCACAGGCCUCCCAGGGCCCCCAGGAAUAGCUGGACCACAGGGAAAUAAAGGAGAACGUGGUGCAGACGGUGAGAUUGGACAGAAAGGAGAUCAGGGUCAUCCAGGAGUUCCAGGUUUCAUGGGACCCCCAGGGAACCCCGGGCCACCGGGAGCGGAUGGAAUCGCCGGAGCCGCUGGACUACCGGGAAUCCAAGGACCCCCAGGGAAAGAAGGUCCUCCCGGCCCCCAAGGCCCAUCUGGAUUACCCGGAAUCCCAGGAGAAGAAGGCAAAGAAGGCAGAGAUGGAAAACCGGGUCCCCCUGGAGAGUUGGGCAAAGCAGGAGAGCCGGGCCUGCCAGGACCAGAGGGAGCCCGAGGUCCGCCUGGCUUCAAGGGACACACUGGCGACUCUGGCCCCCCUGGCCCGCAGGGAGAGCCCGGGGCCAUGGGACCCCCUGGCCGAGAGGGGUCACCAGGAAAAGACGGUGACACUGGACCCACAGGGCCACAGGGUCCCCAAGGACCGAGGGGCCUACCGGGUAAGAACGGCUCGCCGGGAUCUCCGGGAGGCCCCGGAACCCCAGGGAACCCCGGCCAAAAGGGAACCAAAGGAGAGAACGGCAGUCCCGGGCUCCCCGGCUUCCUGGGUCCCCGUGGGCCGCAGGGAGAGCCGGGAGAGAAGGGAGUCCCAGGCAAGGAGGGGGCCCCUGGGAAGCCAGGAGAGCCUGGGCCCAGAGGAGAAAGGGGAGAUCCUGGCAUCAAAGGUGACAAAGGACCCCCCGGUGGAAAGGGCCAGCCUGGCGACCCUGGGAUCCCAGGCCACAAAGGCUACACAGGCCUGAUGGGCCCCCAGGGACCACCUGGGGAGAAUGGGCCGACCGGGCCCCCAGGGCCUCCGGGUCAGCCAGGAUUUCCAGGACUGAGGGGGGAGUCUCCUUCCAUGGACAUCCUGCGGCGGCUCAUCCAAGAAGAACUGGAGAAACAGCUGGAAACCAAACUCGCCUACCUCCUGGCCCAGAUGCCCGCAGCGCACACGAAGGCCUCUCAAGGCAGACCCGGGCCCCCAGGGCCCCCUGGAAAAGAUGGGCUUCCAGGUCGGACAGGCCCCAUGGGGGAGCCAGGACGGCCCGGGCAGGGGGGUCUGGAGGGACCCUCUGGGCCCAUAGGUCCCAAAGGUGAGCGAGGAGCCAAAGGGGACCCAGGUGCACCUGGAGUUGGCCUCCGAGGCGAGAUGGGACCCCCCGGGAUCCCAGGUCAACCGGGGGCACCUGGCUAUGCUAAAGAUGGGCUUCCCGGGGGCCCCGGGCCUCAAGGGGAAACAGGAGCAGCUGGGCACCCGGGCCCCCCUGGCCCCCCCGGUCCCCCCGGCCAGUGUGACCCCUCCCAGUGCGCCUACUUCGCCAGCCUCGCUGCUGCUCGACCUGGUAACGUGAAGGGCCCCUAGAAGAUUCCGGAAUGCCAGGAGAUGGCGGUGGAUUUCUGAAACUUGAACGCAGAGCCAGAUGGGAAGCCAGAGGUCUUGAGACAUUUCAGCCAACGUGUUUUCUUCUUUCUUUCUUUUAUUGUUUGUUUUUGUCUUAUUUUCUCGAGAGACCUCAACGUUAUUAAAACCAACGGAUGCUGCCGGUCGGUCAGAUUAUUAUUAAUAUUAUUAUUAUUGUUAAUUAUUAUUAUUAUUAUUAUUUCAUAUGGUAACGCUUUUUGAGUUUUCCCCUCUCCCCUCAAGUUGGGAAGACGUGACUCGUGGGGCAGGGAAUUGUUGCUCUUUCUCUGACCGCCCCCGUUUGAGGCGUAGCUGCCAAUUUUAAGGAAACUCUCGGUGCUAUGUAACCCUGACCAGACACUUGCCAAACUCACCUCUUUCCUCAAAAGGAAACUUUAAGACAAUGAGGCGAUGGGCUUCUAUUCUUGGCUGUGCCCUGAGGUCGCCCCGGGAGACAUUAUCCACCAGUCGCUACUUCCCAGGAGAAGUAAGUGAAGCAGAAAGAGAAAGAAUCUGCAGACACGAAGAAGCCUCUCUCCUCCUGAUGGAAAGUGCGCUCACAAGAGCGCUGAACCGGCCCUUUGGGAGCCAACUCAGCACCUCGGUGCUUCAGACCCGCAGAAAUGGAACAGCUGCAUGGCUGGCAACAGCUUCCUGGAAUCCCGUGUCUGCACCAAAAAUGCAGGAGCUGGUGUGGGAAAAGCAUCCCCUUCCGAGCCGUGGAUGGGACUCCUCCCUGCCCCUCGCUAUUGGCUGCACUCACUUUCAUUCUGAAAUAAGAGGGUCCAGAGACCACUCCCGUGUGUCUUCCUGACGGUGGGCAGUUGGCCGGGGUGCUGGCCAGAGCCGGGAAACGUGUGACUCUCGCUUCUGGCUCUGAA